AUGUCUGAUGAAGAGAAGAUUAAUCAAAAUGAAGUAGAUGAAGAGAUCGAUGAUUUGUUUGGAGAGGAAGAGCAAGAGCAAGAGCAAGAGGAAGAAGAAGAAGAAGAACAGGAAUCACAAACCACCAAAAAGAUAAUUGAUUUGUCUUUACCACGCCAUGCAGUUGUGCUGGUUAUGGAAAAAGAUGUGAGGUUAUUGAAAACUCCUGACUUUUUAAACAUUGAAGCUCAUCCAUUCGAUCCUUCCAGUUUUAAGGAACAGAUAGAGAGCAAUAAUAAAGCUCGGGCAGAGAGGGGAUUGACUGCAAAGGAAAUCCAUAACGAACAGAUGACAGAGAAAUUGUUGAAUGAAAACACAAUUAGAUGGAGAUACCAUAAUGCUGGCAAUGAUGAAAUUGUCAAACAAUCGAACGCUCAUUUUGUGGAAUGGAAUGACGGGUCGGUAUCAUUGAAAGUGGGAAAUGAGAUAUAUGAUGUUAGAGAAUUGCCUUUACUUGAUCAUUUAUUAGUGAAAAGCCAUCAAGCUGCUGAAAUCUUACAAUCAGAUUCGAUUAUUUCGAAAGCCAUUAAUCUUUUACCGGCGUCGUCGAGUCAUAGAAAGAUUCUUGUCAAGAAUAUCACCAAAAAAGAAAAAAUCUUGAACACAAUUACAGAUGUUGAUCCAUUAGAGAAGCAACGACUUGCAGAUGAAGAUGUGCGUAAGGCGAUGAAGAUGAAACGACAAAUGGAGUCUAGAAGACGAUUACAAGAAGAAAAAUGGGAGAGAAGUGGCAGCCCGGGCACCAGAGUCCAAGAAAGUUCAUAUGAAAGAUUUGAACGAACUUAUGAGGGAGAUGGGUACGAUGAAAAUGAUGAUUUUGUUGCUGGCGAUGAAGAAGAGAUUGAAGAGUAUGAUGAAGAGGAGGAAGAGGAAUUCGAACGGGGUGCUGAGAGGCUAACACAUUUAAAAGAAGAAGGUGCUGCCAAGUACCGAAGACAGUCUGAAGAGGCCGAAGAUGAAGAUGAAAAAACAAGGAAAAGAAGAAGAAUUAUUGAUUCCGAGGAUGAAGAGUGA